GUUGGAACGUGGCGGUGACGCAGCCGCCUACCGAGUACAGGCUAUAGUGCGCACCAUAAAACGUCCGCAUCAAUCUGAGUCGCCAGUCGGUAAACUCUUACCAUAGCGCCCAUAGCCUAAAUAGUACUGUAGCGGUGAUCUCGCUGACUGCAGCUCAAUGAGCGAGUAGCUAACCAAAGAGCUUCGAGCCGUAGUGACAGUGUGAGUGUAGUCGGGACAGUGGAGAAUAGUGUAUCGCGCGUCCGCCAUCUUGUGUGCAAGAGAAAGAGGACGUUCUCAUCAGCGACGGCAGAGCGGAGCAUCAUUUACGCCAGCGGCGGUUUCGGCCCAAGCUAUUUUUCCAAAAAACUUUUACGAGUUCGUAAUAUGAUAAAAAGCGAUUAAUAAUAAUCAAUCAUGGAUGUUGGUGGCGAUCUCACCCUUCAAUGGGUUGAGGAAGUUGGAAAUGUAAUACACGAGGAAGUAAUAUGUGGUCUGGAGGCAGAAUUAGAUGCCCCAGUAGAAGAAGUGGUUGGUGCAUGUGAAGAAGUAACUGCUGAAGAAACAGUGCAAGAUAAUUCUGUACAACACAAUAGCCACAUUACAGACUCAGAGAUUAUGAUGGAUCCUCAAACUUCAGAUAUUGAAUCUAUCUACGUUAUACCUCAAGACCAAGGUCAUGACUACUUGAACAUUCAAGUUACAGAAGAAGAAGUUAUCACUCAUAACUGGGAUCGAACAGAACCAAAUGAUGGAAUGGAUGUUCCAGAAACAAAAGUUCCUCAUGAAAAUUUGAUGGAAUAUGAUGAUAUGGAAAUUCCCUUACCCAUUGAUCAAGACUCUUAUACAAAUACUAGACCACAUCCUUGUGAUUUUUGUAGCAAACGAUUCAGAAAGAAAGCAAACUAUCUGGCUCACAUGUUGACACAUCAAAAUGAUCGCCUUCAAUCUUGUAAUUUAUGUGGAAUGAAAUUUCCAAAAAAAACUGAUUUAAACAAUCAUUUGAAAACUCAUGCUUAUGCUCCUUUGAGAACUGGUUUAGAGGAUGAAUUGGAGGAUCCCUUAGCAACAGAAGAUGAAGAUAAUCAAGCACCCAAAGGCCGCAAGAAAAAAGUUAACUCUACCCCUAAAAAGCGCCGAGCUCCAGCUCCUAAGCGCACAGCUAAUGAUGCAGCCAUUAGGUGGUCCCAUCAAAGUGGAAUAAAUCAGCAACCAUUGUCGCCACGUUAUCCAGUCAUUGACUCCACAAAACCGUAUGUAUGCCAAACUUGUGGUAUUAGUUUUGCUAGGGAAAAAGCUCUAGCAUCUCAUGCUCGUAUUCAUGGUGGUGAUAGCCCGCUUGAAUGUAUAUCCUGUAAUGAAUUGUUCUGGGACAUGAACUCCCUCCAAGAACAUAAUCGAACUAAACACAACGGUGGUAUGAUUCAACUCGUACAACAAAUGCCAGAUUCUGUACCAACAUAUGAGGAAAAUGAUGGAUUUGGAGAAUAUACUUGUGAAACAUGUGGAAUUCCUUUCCACAGACUUGAUCUUUUAAAACGUCACAGAAAAAUUCAUAUUAAACAAGAAGUGGAAACAAUGGAUAGCUCACAACAACAACAUCACGUUUGCAAUGUAUGUGGGGAAUGGUUUGAAGAGGCUCUAGCUUUGUUAGCUCAUGCAGAGUCACAUGCAAGUCGUUCUCCUAGCCGACGAUGUCUUCUAUGUGGCGAAAGAUGUAGAGAUGACACUGAACUCGCAGAUCAUGUGCGACAGAUGCACGCAGAAGAUGCUCCGCCAAACACAUGCGUUCAAUGCGGUAAAACGUGCAAAGAUAAACGAAGUCUCCUCAAACACUCAUGGAUUCACAAUACUGAUAAAACCUUUGGAUGUACCAAAUGUGGUAAACGCUUCCAUAGUAAAGCCAGAUUACGCAGGCACAUGGUGUCACACCGCAACAAAAUGGUAGCUUGUGAUGAAUGCGGCGAAGAAUUUCCUGAUGGCCGUGCACUUGUCAGUCAUCGUCAUUCUCAUAAUAAAGAACUAGGCGGUCGUACAUUCCCUUGUCGCGAAUGCGGGAAAACUUUUGGAAGCAGAAGCUCUCAACAAAUUCAUAUUCGUAUACACACUGGAGAGCGACCUUACGGUUGCAGAUAUUGUUGGAAAGCCUUUGCUGAUGGUGGUACGCUAAGAAAACACGAAAGGAUUCAUACAGGGGAAAAGCCAUAUGCAUGUGCGAUAUGUCCUCGAGCUUUUAAUCAAAGAGUUGUUUUGCGCGAACAUGUGCGAGCUCAUCACUCACUACCUGAUCCGAAGUGUCAGAACAGUUUAAAACCUUAUUUAUGUAAAGUUUGCAAUGAAACAUUUUCAACUAAUGAUGAGAUAAUUGCUCAUAUCGUAGCACAUUGUGAUGAAGCUACAGCUCUAAAGCGUCAACCUCAAAAUGGUCCUCGCAAGUACAAACGCAGGCGCAAGCUGAAGAAUGAAGAUGGUACUGAAACAUUCGAAACGGUUAGUGAUAACGUUCCAUUCGAAUUCGAUGAUGCAAAUAAACGCCCUAAGAUCCCAAGAAAGACACCAAUCAAGCAAGAAAAACGUCAAACUUCUGUUCAAGAAGGUUAUCAAAACGUCCUCAAGAGUUUUGAAAGCUCUCUACAAAAUCUCAACUCAAUUGUUAAUAGUACCAAAUCUAGUUCCAAGGCAAAAGCUCCCAAGAAAAAGUCAAAGAAAGAAAAUCAAAAAGCUGUUAGCAAUAAUAAUCCAGUUUUGCUACCUGUUGAUCCUGUUGCAUCUUCACACGCUGGUCGUCCCAAAAUGAUUCACACACAGAAAACUCGUGUGCCUGUCGAGAUAGGAACAGAUGGCGUUAAAAAAGGACAAAAAACCAAAACAAUGGUUAUGCGCACACCAAAAGAACCACAAUACCAUAUGUUGUCUCUUCCUAUGCAAACAAUUCAACAACAGCCGAUACAACAAAUAAUUACUAGACCACCACCAUCGUUAACAGGUGAAAGAAAUCGGCCGCGUACAAAAAAUGUCAGUUACCAUGUCGAAGGCAGACAAUCAUUUGUUGCUGCCACAUUUCCCCCUAAAGCCAUUUCAUUAGAGGAGCAUCCUCCGCCAGUAGCAACUGAAGUGCAAAUAUCUACUGAACCAGAAGAGCAUCACCCUCCCCUAGAAAUGGUUAAUGUAAAAAUGGAACCAGAUUAUAACAAAAUGAUGAAUCUUAUGGAUAAUCAGCCUGACAAUAAUGUUCACGAAGAAAUAGUAAGCAAUGGUGAGCUAUCCCAUGAUUUUGGAAAUGCCUCUUUCAGUACUCCAAAAGUUAGUUCGCCCAGAAAACGUGGACCCGUGAAACGAACCAAACGUAGACAAUGUGCGGCUAAUGCUAGAAAAGCAAGAGAGCAAAAAAAUACAAGUGCAAGUAUGGUUCAAGAAAGUGCUCUAUUGAUGGAAAAUAAUACAAAUAUGAGUAUGAGUGAAGAGCAAUUGGAAAAUGUAGAAGUAGAACAUGAAGAUUCCAUACUUUUAAAAUCGAACCUAGAGCACAAUGUGACUGUUAAAGAUGUAACGCCGAAUCGACCACCACAGCAACUGUUUGAAUCACCAGUUGAUGGAAACAAUCUUGACGUUGCUUAUGAAGCAAGUGUAGUUGCUGAUGAAACUGAACAUAUCGAACCUGAAUCAAUACUUUCAGAUUAUGAUACAACAAAUCACAUCAAAGACGCUGAAGUUCCUGAUAACGUUAAAUUAAGUGUUACAGUUGAAUCAGCUCAUCAAGGCAUGCUUGUCCAUAAUUUAAUUAGAUCAGUCGAAGAAUCAGUUCCAGAAACAAUUAUACCAGACGCAGUCUUAUACACAUGUGAAAUGUGCUCUGCGGUAUUUUCAACCCGAAAUGAGCUUCUUGUGCACGUUCCCGUUCAUAUAUGAUUCUGUGCGCUCAUGACUACUUAGAAAUUCAACUCAGACACUAUUAAAAUUUAGUCAAGAUUGACAAUCGUGGAUACUCUCUUUACAUAUCCGCAAUCUCUUGCUUUAUGUAGUUUUUGUAUAUAAAAACACGGUGAAUAAUAUUUCCAAGUUUGGUUUAUCACUUGACUAAGUGGCUAUUUAUAUCGUCGAAAAAAUGUAAAGUAAUAAAAAUACUUUAUUCUUUAUAUAUUGGGUUAGAAUAGUGCUUGCAGCAGAUGUCUUAUUUGAAAUUUGAAAUCUUGGCAAAUACACUUCUUAAUUAUAUUCUGAGAAACUCCAAUAAUUUUUCUCUAAUUUCAAAACUCAAGUUUUGAUAAUUUUCAUUGUAGUUUCUGUAAUCGGUAUGUUACGACCACUUGCCAUUGAUCAUGUAUCACUUGGACCAUAUUUGUAUUUUACAUUUUACAGUGAAAGCAUUAUUACGUAUAAUUUUUACGUCACCACAGUUUCUGAACUAUACAUGUUAUCGAUAAGAUUUUAUUAUAUCUUAAUACGUGAAUUGGCAAUGUCUCUGUAAUCUGUAAAAGGUAGUUUUGUAAAAUGCAAUUUCAUGAAUAAUUCAUCAUAUUUAUAUGAUAUGAUGAUUUGUGCACAAUAAUUUUAUAGAUAGUUCACAGUUUUCAAAACAAAAAUAUCAAAAACAAUGAUUUAUAUUCCUUAAAGGAUUUGGUACACGUUUGAACUGAUACUGCAGCUUGUAUUGAGUUUUUGAUUGAAAAAUAUCUGCAAUCGUUGAUUAAGCCAGAAAAUUAUCUACAUUAUAUUAAAAACAUGUAUAGCUCAAAGUUUGUAUAAGAUGAAAUGAAUGUUAUAAAAGUUCCAAAGAUUUUGCUGAGAAAAAAUGAUUUUGAUUUUACUCUAUAUUAUUGACGCCUAAUUUCAACAUCACAUCAAAUGAAUUUUUAAUACACUCAUAAAUGUGUUUGACGAACUAAAUUAAAUUAACUUUGUAGUAUGAUGCGCUUAUAAUUGCCAAAACAGGUUUACUUGAAUACAUCAAAUACUAUACCAUACGUAAAUUGCAUAGGUUUAUAAAUCAUUAAAUAAUAGAUUGUACAUAACUACUACAAUUGUAAAGAAGUUGUUUAAGAACAUAAAAUUAUGAGUCGAGCGCAUUUGAACCAGUUAGGAAACGUCGACUCUGUCACUUUCACAAAAUCUUACAAGAAUAGGCAAUAUUCAAUGAAUAAAAGAAAAGGCUAUUUGAUCCUAAUUUUUCAAAUCUUGAAUGAACAUAAAAACUAUAAAUUUAUCGGCUUUUCAUUAAUUUGACAUAGGUGUCUGUAUUAACUACAUUUACAGAAAAUGUUUAUUUUAUUUAAAAUUUUCUGAAUAUACAUGUACGAUCACUGUACAGUUUUAGCUAAAUAACUUACAUAUGAUUAAUUGAGCAUACAAAGUAGUAUAAGUUAAUUUAAUAACUUUUGAAAAUUCAUGAAAAUGAAAAUAAUUCUAGAAACUUGUAAUUUAUAAUUUAUCUAUGAAUUUAAUCUAAGGAGACGUUAUUUUCUUGAAAUUGUUCGUAAUUAUGAACUUCUUUCACUAGUUAAGAAAUUAAUAAACAGCUAUAACAUAUGUAUUAAAAACGUAUUUUUAUAAGUACAUGCGAUUAAAGAAAAAUAAAGUUAAUGUAGAAUGUAGAUGAACAUUUGUUAAAUAUUAAUAAUGGAAAUUUUAUAAAUUUUUAGAAUAAAUAACAUGUAAAAAACUAAAAUUAUUAUACUUUGAAAUGUUUAGAACCAGAGAUUUACCAUAGCUCAAUCUCAUAUUUUAUAUAAAAAAUUAAACUUAUCAAAACUUAAUCUAUUGGCAAAAAUAAAAUAUAAUAUGUUAAACCAAAUGAAGAAAUAUGAAACAAUUAUAAUUUUAAGCUAAUGACGUCUCCAAGUUAAAUUAAGAAUUUGAAAGUUCUUACUAAUUAAAAUAAGGUAAGCAAGUUAACGUCAAAAUAUGAUUAUUACACUGUAAAUAUUAGAAAUUUGUGAAGAUAAAAUAAAAAAAUUAAUCCUGUAAUACUAAAAGUAGCUUGGAAUGUGUAUCAUGAUAAUGAAUAUGUAAAUAUUUUUAUUUACAUAGAAUAUUGCUGAAGGUAUUCGUUGUAAUAAAAUACACUUGGUUUAUAUCUAUUUUGUAAUUAAUUCUUGUUUAUUUAUAAAAAUUAGUUAUGAAUGUUUACUAUGUAAUUUAAUUUCCUGUCUUAUUAAAUAUCUAUGAAUGAAGUAUGGCAUUUUUAAAAUGUUUCUGUAUAAAAACAUCAAAUUUUUAUUGCCUGACUUAUUUAACAACUGUAAUUUAUAGCUACAGCUUAGUAAUAUGUUUAAAGGGUUACACAAGUGCAUAUUUAAAAUUACAACAAUUGAUUUAUUAUAAAUUAUAAAUUGUGAAUCUACCUUUUCGAUAAUGUUGGGGCUUGGAUUAUACGUUGUACAUAUUAUCUCAUAGAUAAAUAUGAUAUAGUUGCAUAAAUGAUUGUUAACCGUAGUUGUAUUUUUCUCUGAAUAAAAAAUCAUUAAGUACUAUAAAA